AUGCCCACGAUUGAUAAGUACUCCCUGUGGAAACUUGGCUUAGGGUUGCCAUCCGAAUUUCAACCCUACACCAGCAACACGGACGUGUCGAAACUUGAAGCAUUCCAGUCACGCGCCGACGGAAAUUCGCUCAACAUUUGUUUCGGUUGCGGAAAGAGGUACAAGUGGAGGGACAGUUUGUUGAGGCAUCAAAGGGUGGAGUGCGGUAACAAAGAGAAAAAGUUUUCUUGCAACCUGUGCCCGAAAAAGUUCUACCAUCAGUACAAAUUGAACGAACAUUACCAGGAGCGGAAGUACUCGCCAGGUGCAGCGAUCGAAUGGUACUAUCAGUAUCAGACUCUGUAUCUUCGAUUGAUGGCGGAAAGUCAUCAAAUGGCCACCGAGAACCCGGCUUCCGAAGACGAGUGUUCCAGGAAGAUCGAGGGUACCGGAAACGACGACGAGGACUCGGCCCGUUCGGAGGAAGUACUGGAGAAUCUACCGAACGCGGUUUCGUUCAUCGGAAAGAAUGCUACGGCCACGAGUAUCCGCGAUUCCUCGAGCUACUCAUGUCCCCGUUGCGGAAAUGCUUACACGAGACCGCACUCGUUGAGCAGGCACAUCCGGUUCGAGUGCGGCGUCGAACCGCAAUUCGAAUGCCCGGUGUGCCACAAGAAAUCGAAACACAAGCACAACUUGGUGUUGCACAUGAGAACCCACCAGAAACAUUAA